AUGUCUUCCAGCAAAGCUCUGUGUUACCCACGUCCACCAUGUUAUCCCGACAUCUGCCCAGACCCAUAUGUUAAUGCCUGGAAUGAGCCUUGCAUCACAUCAUGCGGUGACUCGAGCGCAGUGGUCUAUGCACCGCCGGUUGUCGUGAGAUUUCCGGGACCUAUUCUCGCUACUUGCCCUCAAGACAGCGUUGUGGGAAGCACCCUACCAAAUUUACUCAAUGGAUAUGGGGGCCCAUAUGGAGGUGGUAGUUUCAGUGGCUCAGUCGGUUCUGGGGGUGCUUAUGGAGGUGGAUAUGGUGGUGGAUAUGGUGCUGGGUAUGGCAGUGGAUACGGUGGUUUAUAUGGGUAUGGGAAGAGAUAUGGUAGGAAGUGCUAUUCUUCCCGCUUUGGAAGCUGUGGCCCAUGCUAA